AUGAAUUUCAACUCACUCUGGGGCGUCAACAAAGUAAAGAACCACACUGAAACCUGUUUUGGACUCUGCCUCGGUCUCUUCAUCAAGAAAAAAAUGGAAGACGGUUCAAAAAGCAGCGGCUGCAAACGGAAGAAGAAGGACGUCGUCAUCAGCGGUGAAGUCAACAAAGUUUCCUUGCUGUCCAGAGAGGAGGCGAAUGACAACCAAGCCACAUGGGAAACAAUGAGAGCAUUGCCUGAAUCCGUUUACCACAAUGCCAACGAACUUCCAACUAAAAAGUUAAGAACAUCUUUUCAACCAGCAAAAAACCAACCAACAAUUAUAACUAAACCUAAGACCAAAAAGUUAUAUGUCAAACAAGUGACAAUCGAUCAUGCAAAUAAAGACAAUGAGUUAAUAGUCGUUGAACCGGUAAGGCGGCAACCAUCCACCAAUCGACCACCACCAACGACACAGCCAACAGCCAAUCAGCCACCAGCAACGACACAGCCAACAGCCAAUCAGCCACCAACAAAUGACAAACAAAUUUUUAGACAGAUAAGUAAUGAACUACAGCAAACUAACACAAACCAACGGGAAAUUCUCCCAAGCAACCAGAACAUAACCUCAAUAAUGGAAGCAACAGGAUCGGGACCGAAAAUAACCGAAUCAAAAAAUUUAUACGAUGAAAUAUCAAAACCGGACGCUACCCCAUCUUGGAAUUUAUACGAUUCAACCAACCAUGUAACUGGCGAGUUGGUCAAAUCAAGCAGUUUAUCCUUGGAAAACCGAAGCCUAUUAACCAUUUCUAGGACAAAGUCUGAUACGGUUUUAGACGGCAAGUCGGUUUUUUUCGCGAGUGCAGUGACGUCACAUGUAGUCGCUGUCACGUGA